AUGGACGGCAAUACCACAGGAAUGUAUUUGGAUUUUACUUAUUUUACUGCGAACUCCACAAACCAGUCGGAAACAAUACCUUUCAAAGUGCAUUCCAUCGUCGUACCGACUGUCUGGGCUGUCCUGAUUUUGGUGGGCGUCGUUGGGAAUGGCCUCGUUAUAUUCACGUUGUUGAAGCAAGGGGACAGAACUGCUACAACGUACUAUAUCAUCAACUUGGCCAUAGCCGACUUUGCUUUCAUUGCCGUUGUCGUGCCCUUCACGUGCACCUUAUACGCGCUCCCGGACUGGGUAUUUGGUGAACACAUGUGUAAGUUCAUCAACUACAUGGUUUACGUCACCCUUCACGCCACGUGCCUCACGCUCACGGCUAUGACCAUAGAUCGGUACUUCGCCAUCGUCCAUCCGCUUAGUUCCAUCACCAGGCGAACUCUCAAGGCAGCUUUGAUCGCCAACACUCUGACAUGGGCAGCUUCAUUUUGCCUCUCUAUCCCGUUCGCUAUGAACCAUGGAAUCGUGGAAAAAGUGUGGUACGGACCUCGUGUCUGGUGUCAUCCCGUCGACAACCUAGCCUGGAAACGAGGCUCCAUUCUCUACGUGGUUAUAGUCACUUACCUCAUUCCUUUAACCAUCAUUCUGUUGUGCUACUCCUUAAUGUUAAGGGAUAUGUGGAAAGCGGAAACGAUGGGUGCCGCUCUGACUGAGAACGCUAGCUCUCAUCGCGCUUCCUUGAUGCUCCGGUCAAUGCAGGCUAAAAGACGGCGUAAAGUUGCCAAGAUGGUUGCCGUUGUUGUCCUGCUUUUCGCCACAUUCUGGAUGCCAAUCCACGUUCUCAACCUCUGCUUCGCUUUUGCGCCGGAUUUCCCGGCAACCAACGAAUUGUACGACUUCAAAGUGUUUGCCCAUACUUUGUCCUACGCCAACUCCUGUGUCAACCCCAUUGUCUACGCCUUCAUGGGGGACGGUUUCCGAAGAGCACUGAGGAAAACCUUUUCAAAUCUGUUGGGCAUGAAUCGUGUGGUGAGUGUGACCUUGGGAACCCGUGCUACCGGGUCGAUGGAGUGUGACCCUAGAGUGACGAGGUCUCUUUUGACAGAUGACAACGGCGAGGUUUCCCGUAGGUCCAGUGGUCUUCUCAUCCGAUCGGGCAGUGUAGGGAACUCUCACGAUCACAUUCCGAGGGCAGUGUCUCAGUCCAGGGUGUGA